AUGUGCACAGCAUUGGCAAAGCCUGGGUAUGCACGUGCAACCCUCCCACAACUAUGUGCCAUCUUAUUGCAGAUGCAAGACCUCAGGGAGCAGUUUCGAACGAAGGAGAUGGAACUGGUCGCCAAACAGGCUGUAGUUGAGGAGAGAAAACAAGAAUUGGAGUUGGAACUUGCAGGGACACAAGAGAGACUGGAAGAGGAGUGUUUUGUCAACACAGCACUCAGGAAGGGCGAAGCAGCUCUCGUUGUGCACUGUGUAGGCCUCACAGACGACAUACACAGGUGGGCGCAAGAAUCUGAGGUCCUCUUCUCAAAGCUGGAUCGUUUUGCAACCAUCGACUCAACAAACCGAGAACUGGCAUGCCAGCUGAAGCAGCUAUUGACCGAUCGCUUAAACAGCAUGAGCAACAACGCCGAUCAAGUGCUUGACUCGCACAAACAGCGGUCUGUUGCUACUGCCAAGUGCCUAAAAGACUUUGCAGCACAGAGACAAGAGCACGCCGAGGGCCUCAAGAACAAAAUCUCUGAGCUUCAAUCUGCAGAGGACAACAUGGGGACGACUUUGGGAUCCACUGUCCGUGAGUUGCAUUCUGUCGGGAAUGCCACUGCUGAAAACAUGGUGAAUUUGGCAAGUGCAUGUGCAAAGAAUGCUGAUGCCAUUCUCAAGGGUGGACAGCAAAAGUGCACAGAAGCACAUGAACAAUUUGAUGCCACUGUGCACAAGCACAGUGCCCUGCUUCAGCAAUUGGCAGCCGAUCAGAAGAAGGAGGUGGAAAAGAUUGUUGACACGACAAGGAGCAGCCACUCUGACGUCAGGGUCAGGCUGUCCGGGGUGAAAAGAUCUGCAGCCGAAAUACGGGCGACUGUGGAACACAGCAUUGAUGAGAACCGCAACGCUCUGGAAUCUCUGGCCCGACGAUACCAGGACUCGAUGGCAGAAACUGGCAGGGAAUUGACACAAGAGUUAAGCAACAGGAUUGGCCAGUUGGUUUCGUCCUUCUCUGCCACGAUCAAGGAGGCAAUGGACGUUACUCAGGACGAAGUGGCAGCGAAGCAGCGGAAGGGAAUGGAGGCAUGUGAUGUGCAUUGCAGAGGAGUCAUCGCACUUGGCAAUCAGGUCCAGGAGCAUGCAGAUAGGCUGGAGGUCGAAGCCAACACUUUUUUCGACGGCCUUCCAGCAGCAGCUGCAAAGGUGGCUGAAGGGAUAAACUUGUGCUCCGAGUCUGAGCAGCGGCUGCAUGCCUCAUCACGAGCUGCGCUCAGAGAAGGCCUUACCAUGAUAAAUGACCGCAUGGCCUCCAUGAAAGGCAUGUCGGAACAAGCUCAGGGUCAGGCCAACAGGGUGGUGGCACAGGCUGAAGAUCAAACCCUCACUUUUGAGAAGCAGCUUUCUGGGUUGAGGGGAGAGUGCGAAAUGCAGGUAGAAGCCGACCUCCAGGCGGGGCAGCUGUGCAUGAGCCAAGCCGAUGCCAGCAUUCAAGCAGGCCACCAGCUGGUGCUGGAUUUUGGGGCCCUGCACUCUGCAUCGGCAAAAGACCUGAUCCAGGGAGCAGCAGUUGUGCUAGAGGAGAAGCUGCAGUGGGAUGACGGGACUCCUAAGCUGCCUGAGAGGCGCCAGGGGGAAGUGCUGCCUUCCAGGGAGUUCGUCCACCAGCUGCAGGCCCCACCACGGGAGGUGCUGUGUGACGCUUGCCGGGGCUGCAAGAACGAUGGUGGGGACGACGGUGGGGAGGGCGGCCCCAAGUUCACAAUGGGGCAGGCCCCGAACAGGAAGGCACCCACCGUGCCUUUGAAACAGUCCCAAGGCACCGCCCCCUCGUCCCCAGCAAGGUCUGUAUCCCCAAACAAAGAGCCCCCGACCAAGAUCCCUGCCCUUGGGGCCACGCGGAUCCCUGUGCGGCGUCCGGCCGCCUGGCCGGCACAGGACCAGUCCGAGCAGGGGGCUGCCAUGGCAGACCACAAGCUGAGGAGCAAGAUUCCAAAACUGGCGGAUCCUGGGUAUGUUAUCAGGGAACCUGCAGGUAAAGACGCCUCGAGAAGUGACAGAGCUGAUGGCUGA